AUGCCUCCGCCGCCCUCAACACCCGCCCCCUCAAAGUUCCUCCUGUCGAAGCGCCAGGGCAGGCAGUCGCAGACACAGCAGCAGACGCCCACGCAGCCACCGCCGCGCUUCCAAGCGACCCCGCGCUUCUCCGCGCCCUCGUCGUCGGCGACUCCCCGUGCGGGAGGAGGAGGAGGCGGGGCGACAGGAGCACCGUCGGCCGCAUCCCAGCGCCAGCCACAGCCGCCGUUCUUCAAUGCUGGUUCCGGCGGCACGCCGUCGACGGCAGCAAAGUACCCGCGUCCUGGCCUCGGCGCGGCGGAGGAUGCCAUCAGCGACGACGACGACGACGACGACGACGACGACGACGACGACGACGAGGAUAGUGAUGAUGCAGCACGGCAGGAGGAGGAGGAUUUAGUAGAGAGUUCUUCGCCGGUUGGGAGGAGGGAAGGUUCUUUCGGUGACGGUGCUGGCGGUUAUGAUGAGCUCGGUGGUCGCGAGGAGUAUGAUGACUACCACGAUUGCGCGCCUGCGCGUCGGGCAUGGGCGAGAGCAACGAUGCCCACGAACACCGCGGCGCGGCGUAUGGUGACGGACGCCAUUGAGAUCGACUCCGGGACGAAUACCCAGACUACUACUACUGCAGCCGGCGGAGAAGGAGACGGAGACGCAGAGCCCUUGCCCAAAAGGAGGCGGAUCUCCGUCUCUUCUGCCGAAGACAGCGAUGACAUCGACGCGACCGCGUCAACGGCAGACACCAAGCCAGAAGACGACGACAUCAUGGCUAUAGACGACGCCGUCGAGCAAGAUGAGCAUGAGCCCUCCUCGUCAUCACGCGGCGGCCGGGACGAGGUAGACACCCAGUCCUCAGCAGGAUCCAACAACAGUGACGGAGAAGACGACGACGACGACGACGAAGAAAAAGAAAACCCACUCCGGCCGCUCCGCCCACCACCACCAGCCUUCCGCCCGCCACCGCGCUUCAAGGCCCCCGACCUGCCGGCCCCGGCCGAAGGGGACACCGCGCGCCAGCAGCCGCCCGUCCACGAACUGCCCGACGCCUUCUCCCCCCAGCGCCGCGGGGGUCCGCGCUACGUCCCCGGGGGCCUGGCGGCGCAGCUGCGCGACUGGCUGAUGCAGAUCAAGGGCAGCAGCGCCAACCCGGGCUUGGAGGAGGAAGAGGGAGGCGCGGCAGAUGGGUUUUCGAUGCGUCUCGCCGUCGACGAGGUCAGUCCCGGAGGAGCCGCCGCCGCCGCCGCCGCAAUGGCGCCCAUGGCGGGCAUGGUGCUGGUCCGCGGGAGGCCUGUCACCUCCUCUGACGGCGGCAAUGAAGAAGCGGGUGGCGAGAAGGGACGCGCGGUUCUAGUCAUGCUUGCCGGAGAAGGGCGGCUGACGGACGUCAACACGCGGAAUGUCGUCACAAAGGGCGCCGUUGUGGGCAUCGCGCAGCCUGCUUGGGAUGUUGACCUCGGGGAUCAUGGCGGGGAGCGCUGGACUGUAGCUUGCGACUGGGCCGUUUUGUAA